GCGGCCUCCACGGCCAGGCUCUGAGGGACUUGGGGUGCAGCGGCGGCGGGGCGUAAGGCUUCGCGAGGCGGCGGCGGCAGGAGCAGGAGCAGUGGGCGGCAGGAGCAGGAGCAGUGGCUGGAUCUGCUCUUGGCCGUCACUGCCGCCGGGAGCCUGGGAAGCGCAGCUCCCGGCCAGGUCUUGGCACAAAAUGAACAUAAUCAGGGAGAAUAAAGAUCUGGCUUGUUUCUACACAACAAAACAUUCAUGGAGAGGAAAGUACAAAAGAGUCUUUUCAGUUGGAACCCAUGCCAUUACUACAUACAAUCCAAACACACUAGAAGUUACAAAUCAGUGGCCUUAUGGUGAUAUCUGUAGUAUUGCUCCUGUUGGAAGGGGACAAGGAACAGAAUUCAGCCUCACGUUUCGUAAGGGGACUGGAAAGAAGUCUGAAACGCUUAAGUUUUCCACAGAGCACAGAACUGAACUCCUUACGGAAACAUUGAGAUUCAGGACAGACUUCUCAGAAGGAAAAAUCACAGGAAGGAGAUACAACUGUUAUAAGCAUCACUGGAGUGACACAAGAAAACCUGUGAUUCUAGAAGUAACUCCUGGAGGGUUUGACCAAAUUAAUCCUGCAACUAACAAAGUCCUAUGUUCCUAUGACUACAGAAAUAUUGAAGGCUUCGUUGAUCUCUCUGACUAUCAGGGAGGCUUCUGUAUAAUUUAUGGAGGAUUUAGUAGACUGCACCUGUUUGCAUCUGAGCAAAGGGAAGAAAUUAUCAAAAGUGCAAUAGAACAUGCUGGUAAUUACAUAGGUAUCUCCUUGCGGAUAAGAAAAGAACCUAUAGAAUUUGAGCAAUACUUGAACCUUCGCUUUGGGAAAUACAGCAAUGAUGAAUCCAUCACAUCCUUAGCAGAAUUUGUUGUUCAGAAAGUAACACCACGACACUUGGAACCUGUAAGAAGAGUGUUGGCGCUUACAGAAACAUGUUUAGUUGAACGGGAUCCAGCUACCUAUAAUAUUGUGACUCUGAAACCUCUAGAAGAGGUGUUUGCGCUAGUAUGCGAUGGUGAAAAUCCACAGCUUUUUUCCAUUGAAUUUAUCAAGGGACAAAUCCGGAAGUAUUCUUCAACAGAGAGAGAUUCUUUGUUGGCUAGCUUGUUGGAUGGAGUGAGAGCUUCUGGCAACAGAGAUGUUUGUGUGAAAAUGACUCCAACACAGAAAGGCCAGCGCUGGGGAUUACUUAGCAUGCCUGUAGAUGAGGAAGUAGAGAGCCUUCAUCUCAGAUUCUUAGCUGCCCCUCCCAAUAGCAAUUUUGCAGAUGCUGUAUUCAGGUUCAAUGCUAACAUCUCGUACAGUGGUGUUCUGCAUGCAGUAACACAAGAUGGCCUGUUCUCAGAAAACAAGGAGAAAUUGAUUAAUAAUGCCAUAACAGCAUUACUCUCUCAAGAAGGAGACAUUGCAGCAUCUAACACAGAACUUGAAAGCCAGUUCCAAGCUGUAAGAAGACUAGUUGCUUCAAAAGCUGGCUUCCUUGCUUUUACUCAGCUUCCAAAAUUUCGGGAACGACUAGGAGUGAAAGUGGUAAAAGCUCUUAAAAGGAACAAUGAUGGAGUAACCCAUGCUUCUAUUGACAUGCUGUGUGCCCUCAUGUGUCCCAUGCAUGAUGACUAUGACUUGCGGCAAGAGCAGCUGAACAAAGCUUCCCUUCUUUCUUCAAAGAAGUUUCUGGAGAACUUAUUAGAGAAAUUUAAUUCCCAUGUGGAUCAUGGGACUGGUGCCCUAGUUAUUAGUUCACUUCUGGACUUCCUUACAUUUGCCCUCUGUGCUCCAUAUAGUGAAACAACUGAAGGGCAGCAGUUUGAUAUGUUGUUAGAGAUGGUAGCGUCUAAUGGGAGAACACUGUUUAAACUCUUUCAGCAUCCUUCCAUGGCAAUUGUAAAAGGAGCUGGCUUGGUAAUGAAGGCAAUAAUAGAGGAAGGAGAUAAAGAAAUUGCUACCAAAAUGCAAGAUCUUGCCCUCAGUGAAGGUGCCUUACCUCGUCACUUGCAUACUGCUAUGUUUACAGUUAGCACAGAUCAAAGGAUGCUUACAAAUAGGCAGCUAAGUAGACAUUUAGUGGGCCUUUGGACAGCUGAAAAUGCAACUGCUAUGAACUUGUUGAAACGAAUUUUGCCCCCAGGUUUGCUGGCAUACCUGGACAGUGCUGAUUCUGUUCCUGAGAGAGACGCUGAUCGGAUGCAUGUUAGGGACAACUUAAAAAUUGCAACUGAUCAGUAUGGCAAAUUUAAUAAAGUGCCGGAGUGGCAGAGACUGGCUGGAAAAGCUGCAAAAGAAGUAGAAAAAUUUGCCAAAGAAAAAGUAGAUCUGGUGUUGAUGCACUGGAGGGACAGAAUGGGCAUUGCUCAAAAGGAGAACAUCAAUCAAAAGCCAGUGAUACUAAGGAAACGAAGGCAAAGAAUAAAAAUUGAAGUAAACUGGGAUCUCUUCUACUACAGAUUUCUUCAGGAUCAUGCUAAGUCUAACUUGAUUUGGAACUUCAAAACACGGGAAGAACUAAGAGAUACCCUUGAGUCUGAAAUGAGAGCAUUUAAUAUUGACAGAGAACUUGGCAGUGCUAAUGUAAUCUCAUGGAACCAUCAGGAAUUUGAGGUUAAGUAUGAGUGCCUUUCAGAGGAAAUUAAAAUAGGGGAUUAUUACCUGAGACUAUUAUUGGAAGAAGAUGAUACUGAAGAGAGUGGAGCAAUCAAAAAAUCGUAUGAAUUUUUCAACGAACUCUAUCAUAGAUUUUUACUUACCCCUAAAGUAAAUAUGAAAUGCUUGUGUUUACAAGCACUAGCCAUUGUUUAUGGAAGAUGUUAUGAAGAAAUAGGGCCAUUUAGUGAUACCAAAUACAUGGUUGGGAUGUUGGAACGGUGUACUGAUAAACUUGAGCGGGACAGACUUAUCUUGUUUCUUAACAAGCUGAUUCUUAAUAAGAAAAAUGUUAAGGAUCUUAUGGAUUCAAAUGGUAUUAGAAUCCUUGUGGAUCUGCUAACCUUGGCACAUCUCCAUACAAGCAGGGCUACAGUUCCAUUGCAAAGUAAUGUGAUUGAGGCAGCACCUGAUAUGAAGAGGGAGAGUGAAAAAGAAUGGUACUUUGGCAAUGCAGAUAAAGAAAGGAGUGGUCCUUACAGCUUUCAAGAGAUGGAGGAGCUAUGGACCAAGGGAAAAUUGACUUCAAAAACACGCUGCUGGGCUCAGGGCAUGGAUGGCUGGCGACCAUUGCAGGUCAUCCCUCAGCUUAAAUGGUGCUUGUUGGCCAGUGGACAGGCUGUACUAAAUGAAACCGACCUUGCCACACUUAUUCUCAACAUGUUGAUCACAAUGUGUGGAUAUUUCCCCAGCAGGGAUCAGGAUAAUGCAAUAAUAAGACCUUUGCCCAGAGUAAAGAGGCUGCUUUCAGAUGGUACUUGCCUUCCCCAUAUCAUCCAGUUGCUGUUGACUUUUGAUCCAAUCCUGGUUGAGAAAGUUGCCAUACUGCUGUUCCACAUCAUGCAAGAUAACCCACAAUUACCUCGUUUUUAUCUGAGCGGUGUAUUCUUCUUUAUUAUGAUGUACACAGGUUCAAACGUGCUUCCUAUUGCAAGGUUUUUGAGGUACACUCAUACAAAACAGGCUUUCAAGUCUGAAGAGACAAAGGGGCAAGAUAUAUUUCAGAGAAGUAUACUUGGACAUAUUCUUCCUGAAGCAAUGGUGUGUUAUCUAGAGAAUUAUGAGCCAGAAAAAUUUUCUGAAAUUUUUCUUGGGGAAUUUGACACUCCAGAAGCAAUUUGGAGCAAUGAAAUGAGGCGCCUAAUGAUAGAGAAGAUUGCCGCUCAUCUUGCGGAUUUUACCCCUCGUCUUCAAAGUAAUACAAGAGCACUCUAUCAGUAUUGCCCCAUUCCUGUGAUCAACUACCCACAACUGGAAAAUGAGCUGUUCUGUAACAUUUAUUACCUCAAGCACCUUUGUGAUACACUCAGAUUUCCAGAUUGGCCAAUUAAAGAUCCUGUUAAACUACUGAAAGAUACCCUGGAAGCUUGGAAGAAGGAGGUGGAGAAGAAACCACCUACCAUGUCAAUUGAUGAUGCUUAUGAAGUCCUUAACCUUCCCAAAGGACAAGGACAGCAUGAUGAAAGCAAGGUCAGAAAAGCCUACUUCAGGCUGGCACAAAAAUAUCACCCUGACAAGAACCCAGAAGGCAGGGAUAUGUUUGAAAAAGUGAAUAAAGCAUAUGAGUUCCUAUGCACAAAAUCUGCUAAAGUGGUGGAUGGCCCAGAUCCAGAAAACAUCAUUUUGAUUUUGAAAACUCAAAGCAUCCUUUUCAACAGGCACAAAGAAGAUUUGAAACCUUACAAAUAUGCAGGCUACCCCAUGCUGAUCAAGACCAUCACCAUAGAAACAUCAGAUGACCAGCUCUUUUCCAAAGAAUCUCCCUUGUUGCCUGCUGCUACGGAACUUGCUUUCCACACAGUCAGUUGUUCAGCACUUAAUGCAGAGGAACUGAGAAGAGAGAAUGGAGUAGAGGUGCUGCAAGAGGCAUUUAAUCGUUGUGUGGCAGUUUUAAACCGCUCCAGUAAACCAGAUGAUAUGUCUGUACAGGUCUGUGGGCAUAUAAGUAAGUGUUACAGUGUGGCAGCUCAGUUCGAAGAAUGCAGAGAGAAGAUCACUGAAAUGCCCAAUAUCAUCAAGGACCUCUGUAGAUUGUUAUAUUAUGGCAAGAGCAUUCCACGAGUAGGUUCCUUGGGAGUAGAAUGCGUCAGCUCCUUUGCUGUGGAUUACUGGCUACAAACACACUUGUUUCAAGCUGGAGUUUUGUGGUAUUUGCUUGGUUAUCUCUUCAACUAUGAUUAUACACUAGAAGAGAGUGGUAUUCAGAAGAGCGAAGAUUCUAAUCAACAGGAAGUAGCCAACAGCCUUGCCAAACUUAGUCUUCUAGCUUUGAGUCGUCUUGGAGGGUAUUUGUCUGAAGAACAAGCUACACCUGAAAAUCCCACCAUAAGAAAAAGCCUUGCUGGAAUGCUGACCCCUUAUGUUGCAAGGAAACUUUCUGUGGUCACUCCUACUGAAAUUCUGAAGAUGCUCAACAGCAACACAGAGAAUCCCUACUUGAUCUGGAACAAUGGGACAAGAGCUGAACUACUUGAAUUCUUGGAAUCGCAACAAGAAAGCAUGGUUAAAAGAGGUGACUGUGACAAAAGCUAUGGAUCUGAAUUUGUCUUCAGUGACCAUGCAAAAGAACUUAUUGUGGGGGAGAUUUUUGUUAGAGUUUACAAUGAAGUCCCUACCUUCCAGCUGGAGCUUCCAAAGGCAUUUGCUGCAAGCCUUUUGGAUUACAUAGGCUCACAGGCACAGUACCUUCACACGUUAAUGGCGAUAACACAGACUGGAAAAGUAGAGUCUGACCAACAUGGAGACCGGUUACGGAGGGUUGAAAUGGCUUUGGAGGCUCUGAGAAAUGUCAUAAAACACAACCCAGGUUCUGAAUGUGAAUGCAUAGGUCACUUUAAGUUAAUAUUUUCCCUUCUGCGUGUCCAUGGAGCAGGUCAGGUACAGCAGUUGGCUCUGGAGGUAGUGAACAUAGUGACUAGUAACCAUGAAUGUGUCAACAACAUUGCUGAGGCAAUGGUUCUUUCCAACUUACUGGCCCUCCUGCAUUCACUGCCUUCAAGUCGGCAGCUUGUGCUUGAAACGCUGUAUGCCUUGACGUCUAGUACAAAAAUAAUUAAAGAAGCAAUGGCAAAAGGUGCUUUAAUCUACUUAUUAGAUAUGUUCUGCAACUCAACUCAUCCCCAAGUCCGAGCCCAGACAGCAGAGCUUUUUGCCAAAAUGACUGCAGAUAAGCUAGUAGGUCCAAAGGUUAGAAUUACACUAACAAAGUUUCUACCUGGGGUCUUCAUGGAUGCCAUGAGAGACAACCCUGAAGCUGCUGUUCACAUUUUUGAAGGAACACAUGAAAAUCCUGAGUUAAUUUGGAAUGACAACUCCAGGGAGAGAGUAUCAACAACAGUUCGGGAAAUGAUGCUACAGCACUUUAAACUCCAGAGGGACAACCCUGACACAAACUGGAAGUUGCCUGAGGACUUUGCUGUGGUGUAUGGUGAAGCAGAGGGUGAACUUUCAGUAGGGGGAGUCUUCUUAAGAAUCUUCAUUGCCCAGCCGGCCUGGGUUCUAAGGAAACCUAGAGAAUUUCUUAUUGCACUGCUUGAAAAAUUCACUGAACUACUGGAGAAAAACAACCCCCAUGGGGAAACCUUAGAAACAAUAACAACAGCAACUGUGUGCCUCUUCAGCGCUCAGCCUCAGCUAGCAGAUCAACUUCCACCACUUGGUCACCUUCCCAAGAUUAUCCAGGCCCUGAAUCACAAGAACAGUGCCAUUCCAAAAAGUGCCAUUCGCGUCAUACACAUACUGUCAGAUAAUGAGCUCUGUGUUCGAGCAAUGGCAUCACUUGAGACCAUCAGUCCUCUAAUAAAUGGAAUGAAAAAGCGAUCGGAUACAAUUGGUCUAGCCUGUGAAGCACUUAAUCGAAUGUUUCAAAAGGAGCAAAAUGAUUUAGUAGCCCAGGCUCUGAAAGCAGAUUUGGUCCCAUAUCUGCUGAAACUGCUUGAAGGCAUUGGCCUUGAAAAUCUGGAAAGCCCAUCGGCCACAAAGGCUCAGAUUGUUAAAACCCUGAAGUCUAUGACUCGCAGCCUACAGUAUGGAGAACAGGUAAAUGAAAUCCUGUCUCGUUCUUCUGUGUGGAGUGCCUUCAAAGAUCAGAAACAUGACUUGUUCAUUUCUGAGACCCAAACUGCAGGAUACCUUGCAGGCCCUGGAGUUGCUGGUUACCUUACUGCAGGGACAACGUCACCUGUAAUACCCAGUGUACCACCCCCAGUAGACCAUGAAGUGGGAGAUGCCAGCUAAGGGAUCUGAAAUACCCAUGAAUGAUGCAUAAAGGCAGAAUGGCCAGUGAUGAGGAAUAACACAUUCCUCCAUCUCCUCCAUUGAAAUGAAUUUUGCUGCCUCUGAUUGUUUCAUGACAGUGUUAUUCGUUUUUUUCUAUGAAUAUAUAUAUUUUUUUUUAGGGAAAAAAAAUGGGUGAUUCUGUUGCAUAAGAAGAAAGCACUCUGUGGAUCAGCUGAAAUGGGUACACAAGAAUUUUUUUCUUGUUGUACAUAAGCACAUUUUAGUUCCUUUAUAUUUGUUUACAAGACUGUGAAUCAAACUUUCCUAGUUUUUUUAUACUUUAUGAAUUAGCAUGACUGGAGUUGAACUACAGUCUAGAGGAAUUGGGCUAAAUCUUACUUGGACCCCACCAUCCCUACUUGAAGAACACUUUUUUUUUUUCUUCUUCUGCCCCAAGUCUGACAUGACUUCUCCAUUGAACUUGACUUACUCGGGGGUUUGUCCCUGCACUGGUUCACUGAUGUCCUUAAUGAUUAACAUGAUCUUCCUGAAAUCAAACAGCGGUAGAUGUUUGUUUGUUUGUUUGUAUGUUUGUUUGUUUGUUUGUAUAACUGGCUUUACCAAAUUGAAAAAGCUUCAGCAAAAAAUGAAACAAAAAAAGUCAACAAGUUAUGUAAGAACCUAGUGUAAUUGUGAAAUGUUCUAUACAGUAUCCAGUAUAUAAAAACUUUCUAUAUUGAAUGUACAUUAUACAGAUCAUAUGUACAUAAAAUUUUAAAAUAAAGGGAAAAGAGCCUUGUUAAUGAGA